AUGCUAAAAUCCGUACAGGGAUUAUGGAGAGAUUUUUUUGGAAUACGAAAUGACGGCAGGAAAAGAGAAUACGGGUCCCUCGAUGAAGUAAGAAGACGAUCUGCUUUAAGGCAUAAGCGAAGGCAGAUGCGUCCUACUGGGAAAAGCAUAUUAAAAAGAGCAAGAAAGGUGCCAGAUAGGAGACCUGAAGAAAACCUUUAUAGUAAUAGGAAGAGGACACCCAAACGAAGGCUGACAAGGUUAUUCCAGACAAUCAGGGAAGUAUUUUCCAAUGACAAUGAGAAUAUGAACAAGAUGCAAAAUGUUUGCGGCGACAUGACUAGAAUUCUGAAGAAGCGGUCUCAGGGAAGACCUUCGUACAUGGAUACGAAUACAGCGAAAACCAGGAUUCUAAGGAGUGAUGCCUUCAAAAGGAAGAUAACGGAAUUGAAAUAUAAUAAGCAACGGAUUAGCGAAUUGAGAAAUGGGAGUUGUGAUGCUCCUACUGGGAAGGAUGGAAAUCAAUCAUUAUACUUAGACAGAGAAAUUCUUCUGCAGAGGCAAAUAAAGAAAAGGGACGAGAAAAUAAAAUCUUUGGAAAGCAAGAUGAAAUUAUUACAAGACGCUUUGAAUUACUCAAAUGAGAAGUAUAGAAUUUUGGAAGAUCUGUUAGAUUCCUCAAACAUUGAUCCGUCCUAUACCAAAUCUAGGAGAACUAUGUCCAAUCUAGCUAGAGAAAAUGAUGAGAUUAAGCCCCUAAAAAUUGACCUUUCGCCGUCUCCAAUAAGAAGAACAAAUUCAUUGUUCACUUCAAGUCCUAUGAAAACAUAUAAUCGAGAUGGAAAGAUACCAGAGAUGCAGCCGUUACAGGAAAACAUAUCUCCCGCUUGUCCCACUCCACCCCAUCGUUCAAGAGACACUGAAAAAGCGGAUGAAACGCUUUCACCAAUCUCAGUAGAUUUUUCAAGUUAUUUAUCUUAA